GUUAGAGCUCCGCUUGGAAUGGAAGCGAGUUCUUGAAGGACCGCCAUGAGAGUUCUGUGGCUAUCGUUGCUCGUCGCGGCCGCCUCCGGCUUCGAGGUCGGCAAGGAGUAUGUAUAUAAGUACAAAGGAACCCUGCACGUAGCCAAUCCGGAGCAGCCUCUGCAGGCAUCAGGAAUCGCCUUCCGAACCAAGCUUAUUGUGCAGCCGAAGCCUGAUGGAACUCACUUCAAGAUCGUGAACUUCGAAGCGGACUCCUUCAACUCGGAGCAGAUCGACGUUGCUCACCAUGAGUUCAACUAUGCGGCAAACCCGAAUGCCGCUGGUGAUCUAGAGCACCCAUUCGCCGGAAAGUUCGACGAAGGAAAGCUCGAAGAGUUCUCCAUCGGCAAGAACGAGCAGCUGUGGGUGAGGAACCUGAAGAAGGGAGUUCUAUCCCUUUUCCAACUCGACCUUGUCAAGGGUCGCCAUGAGCACCACGACGACAAGGGGUACCACGUCAAGGAGGACGGUCUUCACGGUCCCUGCGACACCCUGUACAUCGUGCACGAAGAGGAGCAUGAUUACAUUGAGGUGACCAAGGUGAAGAACCUCGACAAGUGCGACCACGAGCAUUACAGCUUCUACGGACACCAAAAGGAACACCAAUGCAUUAAAUGCGAAGCUCUUGCAACGUACCCCCACACCGCCACCUCCGAGGUGUACUAUGAGCUCAAGGGAACCGCCCAGCACUACGUCAUCGGUCAUGCGUGGGGCGAGUCGGCCCAGCUUUUCAAGCCUCACGGCGAAGGGAAGCAGUUCCACGUCCUGCUCAACCGCACUCUUGACCUGGAAGAGGAACACGACGCCGCGACGACUGACACCACUCUGCUUGAGGCCGGCGAGAAGGAGCAUUCGCUCGCCCAGGAAUUCCCCGAGACGCACGACUUGGAGAACCCGGAGGAGCUCAAGCACCCGAACCGCCUUGUGACCCACUUCGGCCUCCUCCCCAACAAGGAGAACUUCGUGGAAGGCCUGAAGAAGCUGGCGCACAUCGAGUACGAUGAUGAGGACAUUAAGGAGGUCGACAACAAGGAGAGCGGAAGCCUGCUCUUCCUGAUGCUCUUCCACAACUUCAUGACGUUCAGCUACGAUGAUAUCAACGACGUCUACCAGAACCAUGUGCUCACGGCACCAGAGGACAUCAAGGACAGCCUCCGACACGUCUUCCUGGACCUUCUCGCGGCGGUCGGCCUGAACCCACACGUCACCUACGGUCUCAACCUGAUCAAGCACAACGAACUGAGCGUCGAUGAUGCUGACCGCUUCUACAACAAGCUUCACCUCAACUUGAAGGAAGUCAGCCCUGCCCUGCUCCGCGAACUCGCCGACUCUUGCAAGUCUGAUGCCGUCAAGAGCCACCGCGAGAUCUGGACCUCGUGCAAACUGGCCGCAAGCGCUAUCGCCGGCGGUAAGGGAUGCAAAUACGCUCACGACAACCACGAGGAGGACAAGGGCACCUGCAGCCUCGAGAUCGUCUCACACAUCUUCAACUACUCGGUCACACCGAAGGACGUCGAGCACGAGCCCGAGUACGAAAGCACGGUCUUCAUUCGCUCGGCCGGCAACCUGGGCACCGAGAAGGCCUUGCACUACCUGGAACGUUUCAUCUACCCCAAGUGGCACGCGAAUGAACACAAGAGAAUGGCCGCCUUGUGGGCCCUGAAGCAGGCCGCCAAGCACCACCCUGAGCUGGCUCGCUCCAUCGCACUGCCCGUGUUCCACAACACGAGUGAACCGAGUGAAGUCCGUAUCGCCGCUCUCCUCGUCGUCGUGGUGACCAACCCGGAUCUCUACGUUCUGCGCCACAUCGGCCUCGAAGUCCUUUCUGACCCCAGCGACCAGGUCGUCGCUUUCGUCAUCAGCGCUUUCCGCGCUCUGGCCAACUCCAAGUACCCAUGUCACAAGGAAAUCGCCCAGCACCUGCGCUACGUGCUGCCACUGUGGGAGACCAACCCGAGAUUCAGGAAGCCUAUUGACCGAGCGUCGUCCCACCUUCUCAUUUCUUCUGGCUACAACCCCAAAUACGACUACGGCGGCUUGACCCUGGUGGAGAUGAUCAAAUCUCACGAUAGCUACUUGCCUCGCAACCUGUACAUCACCAUGAAGGACUACGUCGCCGGACAUUCCACCGACACGGUCGCCUUCUCGUUCGAAAGCUGGGGCCUGGACAAGGUGUUCAACCGUCUCGUCGGACCACAGCCCGGAUCGACCAAGAACCUUUGGAACUUCAUGGGCCGCCGCCGCUUCCCGCGUGACACCUCGGCUAAGGAGCGAAAGGAGAUCGAGGACGCCCUUCACAUUCACGACCGCGAAUACGACCCUGUGUACGCACGCAUGAGCCUGUCCGUGUUCGGAAAGGCCGUUGACUCCUGGGACUUCGACGAGAGCAUCCUUGACGCCAUCAAGUCCAAAGAUGCACCCGAGAAGACGGCCCAGAAGCUUUUGGGCAAGGCGCUUCGCAAAAAGACAUUCUACCUCAGCCACGACAUGACGUACCUCAAUCCCACUGAGCUUGGCGUGCCAGUGUUCUUUGACUUCAAACAGGCAGAGUUCAUCUACGCGCGCCGCGAGAAGAUCGACGUAACCCACGGCGACAACGCAGAGAUCCACUUGGACGUGAAGCGACACUAUCUGUACGAGAGCCGUACGCAGCAGAUGCUCGGCUUUGCAUGGACCUUCGCCAGGUCAUCCCUUGGCUCUGGAUACGAUGCCAGGACCGUGAUCUCUUGGCCGCUUGACCUCAAGGUCACCCUCGCACCACUGGAAGGCAAGCUCAGCCUGAACCGUCCUCUGCACCUGCCCUGGAACGCGGUCAACCACCACUUCCACCCCUUCACCUUCAACAUGCCCUACGACCUCACCCAAGACCACGCCAAUGCCAUCACUGAGAUCACGGCGAACCAGAAGCCACUGUACCGCCCGGAUGAACUUCUUGAAUUUGACCGCCACUACUUUGGCGACGUUUUCGGUGUGGCCAUGAACGUCAAGGGCCACCUCAUCAAGCGGGGAUUGCACAGCGGACUUGACGAGUUCUACCACCACAUGACGUUGCGCGAACGUCUCUACUACAUCACCAUCAACCCCCACUGGCACCCGCGUAACGUCAAGCUCUACUUCGAGCCUGCCGGUGAUGCUCCAACUAAGGAAAUGGACAUCGACAUCGCAUACAAGUUCUUGGAGCCUGACGACGAACGUCACAGCCACUUCAAGGUUCACGACCAGAUCGGUGAUGAUCCCGAGGUGCCUUCUACCCACGUGCUGAACAUCGACGUGAACUUCAAGGGUGAUGCCAAGGAGCGCAAAGUCUCCACCGAGCUCAGAUAUUCGUUCAACCACGAUCUGUUCAACCACAAGUUCCAGUUCUUCUACGAUCGAACGCCAUUCAGGAGCAAUGACCAAGAAGGAACGAAGAUCUGCUUGGAAGCCUCAGCGAAGUUCCCCAAGCCUGACUGGUCACGUAUGAAGAACCUGGCCACCUUCUACCAGGGCAAACACAUUGACGCCAACCUUGACAUCCACUAUGGAAGCAGCUGCGAGGGCCAGUCUAGCAUCAGCAUCCACGGCCAGUACACGCACACUGACAAGGACGAAGAGCAGCUGGUGAACGCUGCCGCCGGCAAGCCCAUCACCGGAAACCUGCGCUACAACGGACUCCACAGGAUGGCCCUCCAGUGCAACGCUGGCCGCGAGCACGGCAUCCCCUUCAACUACUACUGCAUGAAGUUCCUGCGACACUCCAGCCGCCUGGCCAAGCUCACCGCGGACGUCGAGUGGAAAAACUACAAGCCGCUGCUCAACAAGCUCUUGCCCCUGCACACCAAAUACCACGCCUUGAGGCCAGAACACGGCGGCUUCUUCGGAAUCAUCCGCUCACACUUCACUGGCGAAAACGGCAAACUGCACCUGGUCUCUCAAGUUCCUUGGUGGGACCUGAAGGACAAGCCGCACACCGACAUUGUCAUCACCACCGAGGACGGCCAGCACUUCAAGCACUGGAACGUGCCCACGUUCAGCCACAUGCUCGAACCCAGGGUUUUCUCAUCGCUCGGAUACUCCAACAUUGCUGAGUACGCCAAGCAGUACAGGCACAGGCACUGUGACCUUCAGUCUCUCAGCCUACGCACCUUUGAUGGCUCCCUCGUCCAACUUCCGGAGACUGAUUGCUACAAAGUGGUUACCCGUGACUGCUCUCCCAACAAGAGGUUCCUGGUCCUGGCCCGGUCCACGAACAACCCUUCACUCACCAAGGCUCUGAAGGUGUUCAUCCACACAACCAAACUUGAGAUACUACCCGUAACUGAAGACUCCGGCCUCAUCGUACGCGUCGACGGGAACAAGGUCGACGUUGUGCCCGAGCGUCCCUACAGUCACACCGACCACGACGUCGAGCUCUUUGAAGUGAGGACUAGCGACAAGUGGUUCGAGGUGACUUCCAAGUCCUACGGCCUCUACCUGACCUUCAAUGGAAACUUGCUCUUCAUACAGACCGCUCCAUUCUACCGCGGUAAGCUGUGCGGCCUGUGCGGUGACUACAACCUCGACAGGAACCACGAGCUGUCCGGACCCGACGGGCACCUGUACAACAGCACCCUAGAGUUUGCCAAGAGCUACGUGGUGCCCAGUUCCGACUGCCACCCGCCCACCCACUGAGAGGACCGUUCCUCGCGAAAUCACUGCGUAACCAUCAGCCCCGAGCCUACGCACUGCGCGCGGCCGCAGUUCAAGAGGUGAAGAAGAAGAAAAGGAAAACGCCUUCCGGCCAUCAACGUUUCUGAAGAUGAUCAAGGGCGGCAGCAGGCCUCGUGGAGCUCGCAGUAUCGCACGUAUUCUUCAGAGCACACUGCCAUGAACGGACUGUAUAUUUUUUCAGAUGUAUAAAUAAACAAGUUUGAAGAGUCA